GUGCUGCGCGGUGUUUAGUCUAGUAUGAGACAGCCAAGGGUGAGCACCCCAGUUUUCACACAAUAAAGGAGCUGAAGAGCACAAGUACUCUGAGGGAUACCAACUGCCCAAGGGAGAGAAAGCUACAAGCAUGUUCAAGAGCAGCUACCUGCGCAAGGAGGUGCGCAAGGAAAAGUACGAGCACUCCGACGUUUUCCACGAAGAGCCCGAGGACUCGGCGGGCAUCUCGGCCAUCCAAGGAUGGGAGAACCUCCAGGAGCUCAACAGCCGAUUCGCCCGCUACAUCAACCGGGCCCGGGUCCUGGAGCAGCGCAACGCUGUGUUCCGCAAGCAGUUGGAGACACUGCAGCGCAUGGAGGAGGCUAGUGGCCUAGAGGAGACCUUCAAGGAGCAGAUUGAAGUCAACAAACAGCGAAUCCGAGAGCUCACCUCUGACCACGGCAAACUGGAGAGGGAGCUGAGGGACGCCUGCCGUAUGCUAGAUGAGUUCACCAGCAAGUACAGAAAUGAAUGUGAUUAUCAAGAGCAACUUAGGGGCACACUGGAGCAGCUAAACAAGGAGGCUGACAGUGCUCUGCUGAAAAAUUUGGAGAAUCAGAUCCAGUCACAGUUCCUGCAGGACGACAUCAGCUCGACAAGAGAGAGACACAGGAAGAACCUUGCAGAGAUCCAGACCUAUGUACACAUUUUGCAACAAAUCAACCAGACGCUUCCACUGGCUCCCACAGUGUCAGUGGGUAUCUCAGAGGAGCAGGAGAAGCUGCUAGUGCAGAGCAGGUUGCCGGCCCUCAAGAGUCAGCUGGAGGAAUACAAGAGCGCCCUCUGCCAGCUGCAGUCCCAAAAACAGCGUCUACAGGCGGAGGCGGCGAUGUUGGAGCAAGCCAUACGGAGCACCCAGGAGAGUUUUGACGACGAGAUCCAGCUGUACAAUGAGCAAAUCGAAUCACUGCGCAAGGAGAUCGAGGAAGCCGAGAGGGCCCUGGAGAGGUUCACCAGCGAGUGUCGUCACUUGGCCAUGUACCAGACAUCUCUGGAAAAUGAGUUGGAGAGGUACAAGAGGAUCAUUGAGAAUGAAGACAACAGGUUGAAUUCGGCAAUUAUCGGCACGCCAGUCACCCUCUUUACCACCAGUUACCACUACACCCACACACCGCCUGCUUCAAACCGGGGCAGAGAUAUCACUCUUGCCAUCCAAGAUAUUAGUAACAUCAAACCUCGCCAGAAGAUCAUGGCCAAGAAAGUCCAGAAGAAGAAAGAAAUCACGCCUAGAGAUGUGAUUGACAAUGAUCAGGAGGAAGGAAAUGGAGGGGCUUCUCGGGGAGGUGCUCCAGAGGAUGACACGAAGGGGAUGUCCUCAGUUGAUAUGCAGGAGGAAACUGUUAGGAGGACUGAGGAGAGGCCUGUGUUCUCUGGAUUGUCUCCACAGGAUGUCCCAGAUGGAGCUCAGAUCAGCAAGGCAUUUGACACACUUUGUAACAUCGUUAGAGAUCGGAUGAAGAAGUACAAGAAGCCAGAGCCCAUCGCUGACUUCUACACGAAGGGUCGUUAUGUGCUCGUCACCGGCGAAGGAAGCUAUCCGGAUCCUUGCUUCUGCACUUCCAUACCAGCUGCCGGACAUGUCGUCGUCACGAUUAAAGAUCAAUCUAUUGGACGCUGUGUACCUUCCCCUCAACCACCUCAACCCACACCAUGCCCCAGGCCUCAAAUUCCCACCCCUCCCUCUCAUUUUACAGGAGGAAAAGAAGACAAUAAAGGGGGGAAAGGGAAGGACAGUGACGGUAAUGGCAAGGGUAAAAAAGAAGAGCCUGAGCCCCAACCCAAAGACCCUAAACCCAAAGACCCUCAACCUAAAGACCCUCAACCCAAAGACCCCCAACCCAAAGACCCUCAACCAAAAGAUCCAGGCCCUGUCCAGCCUUUCUCUGGCCCCACAGAUCCAACUCCCGCAGUGGAUCCUGCCAGUCCAAAGAAGAAAAAGGAUGACAAUGGAACAGGCGGGACAACUCCCAAAUCCAUGCCCCGAACUGCUAGCAGCAGCUCCAGUUCUAGCAACAGCACCAGUACCAGCACAAGCUCUGGUUCCAGUUCCAGCUCUAGUAGCUUCACCCCAGACGCCAUGACCUAUGAGAAGGUGGUGCUAGAGUCUGUAGAGAAGUUCUCCAAUGGGCACAAGCUUAAAGGUUAUGAGGAGACUUCCAUGGUGGUGGAAACCACCAUCGAGAAAUCCAGUAAGAAGAAACAUUAGAACAAAGGGCACAAGCCACACAUUCCUGCUCACAUAUUCCAGGCUCUUCCUUCUACUUGCAGUCUCGGGUUCCAUGUCCAGGUUUGCGACCAGACAGCGAUGCUCAUGCUUUCGUCCUUUACUGUCUGAAAACUUGGGACACAAAAAAAUUAAUCACUGAAAAACACAUAUUUGUGCCACCUUUAAAAGUAAUAAUAAAUGAAAACAAGUAUUCACUGAUGAAGUUGUGCUACCCUCUGUCUUCCAAAUCCAAUUCCCCCUUCUUGAGCUCAUUUGUACAAUUGGAUUCCACUGCCUGCCCUCAGCACCAUUUUGCUGUGUACUAAUUUGCUUUGAUAAUAAAAAAUCAUUUCAAUAAA